GUUGUUGUUACUGGAUAAUCAAGACAAUUGAGGUUACAGGUUAAAGGUGAAGGACGAAGAUGAAGACAACGUGAUUGAAAAUUAUUUGGAUCUUGACAGGAAGAGAGAAAGUAGAGGAGAUUAAAGCAAGGGAAGAAGAACGGAACACGGGAACAGGAUGCCUCGUCUUGAAGAAGUGACAACGCUUGAAGGACAUAUUGAACCCGUCUGGUGUGUUUCAUGGAGCCCGUUUGGUUCUCUACUGGCUACAUGUAGUGGUGAUAAAACUAUCAGAAUCUGGGGAAAGGAAGGCGAAAAAUGGAUUUGUAAAACUGUUUUAACAGACGGUCACACACGAACAGUUCGUUACGUCACCUGGUCUCCAUGUGGACAAUAUCUGGCGUCUGCUAGUUUUGAUGCUACCGUGGUGAUAUGGAGUCGUAAAGAAGGAGAAUUUGAGAGUAUCGCUACUUUAGAAGGUCAUGAGAAUGAGGUUAAAGCCGUGACCUGGUCGUCUUCUGGUAGUUUGAUAGCUACGUGUAGUAGAGACAAGAGUGUGUGGAUAUGGGAAGUGACAGAGGAUGAGGAAUUUGAAUGUGCCAGUGUCAUGACGUCACAUUCCCAAGACGUUAAACAUGUCAUAUGGCACCCAAAUAAGGAGAUAUUAGCAUCGUGUAGCUAUGACGACACAAUCAAAUUAUAUAAAGAAGAUAAUGACGAUUGGACGUGUUUUCAAACAUUGGCUUCACAUGAUUCAACAGUGUGGAAGAUAUGUUUUGAUCAAUCAGGAAGCAGAUUAGCUUCGUGCAGCGAUGAUAAGACUGUUAAAAUAUGGCAGGAAUAUCUCCCCGGAAACGAGGAAGGAAUAGUAACCCAUGGUAGCGAUUCUGUAUGGAAAUGUGUUUGUACUCUGAGUGGGUAUCACGAGCGAGCAGUCUACGAUAUUAAUUGGAAUCAUGUGACCGGCCAUCUUGUGACGGCGUGUGGUGACGACAGUAUUCGCGUCUUCGGUGAAGAUGCGGACUCAAAUAAAAACGAACCAAAAUUUAGUUUGAUGACAAUGAUAAAUCAUGCCCAUUCCCAGGAUGUUAAUUCAGUGUCAUGGAAUCCCAAAAUACCAAAUUUAUUGGCAUCAUGUAGCGAUGAUAAUCUGGUAAAAUUAUGGCGCUAUGUGGAAUAAAUUCUAUAUUAUAAUAUUUUAUAGUCUAUUACUACAAUAAAGAAACAUUUUAUCUACGGUAA